AUGUCCGCGUCCAAGGAUCUCAUUGAGCUCUUUCGCCAACAGGUGGAGCUUCAACCCACAGCUAUUGCCAUCCAGGACGAUCAUCAUACCCUCACUUACUCAGAAUUGGAGCGAUGGUCGAAUAACCUUGCUCAUGAAAUUCGCUCCCGUCUCAAAAACAAUCAUGAACAAGGUCAUAAUAUAGUCGCAGUUUUCAUCCCUCGUUCAGCUCUUCUCGUCGUCUCCAUUUUUGCCAUUGUUAAAGCAGGCUUCUCAUAUUUGCCUCUCGACAUAUCCUCGACAUCAACCAAGCUUGAUUCUCAAAUUUCGCAAGCAGGUGUUUGUCUUCUGCUAACUGUGUCAUGGCACAAGCUGCCUACUCUCGAGCAGGAUAUCUCUUUCGACAUAGUCCCUUUCGUUGAUCGUACCUGCGUUUCUAGCCAUACUGAGCUGCCACCAUUCGAUCCCGACCUGCGAAAUGAUAUUCUUGCUGUAUUAUUCACAUCAGGCAGCACUGGGCCCCCGAAGGGAGUCCUAGUGAAGCAUAUGGGUAUUUUGAAUCUGGUCUAUAACCCGGUUAUGGAUAUCCAGCCAGGCGACCAUGUGGGGAUGGCCAUUAAUCCCGCCUUCGACGCUUCUGCAAUUGACAUAUGGGGCACUCUUUGUCACGGCGGGACACUUUUUGCCUAUAAUGCCCCCUUGGGAGACGCUGAAACCGUCGUCUCAUUUAUCCGAGAGAAAAAAAUUAACAAGCUUGGUCUACCGACUCCAAUUUUCCAUCAUAUCACUAGUGACGUGUCCAACGUGGCCUCUCUGACUACUACACUUCGCAUGUUGUCUGUUGGUGGGGAGAAACUGAAAACCGCUAGUGUCCAGAGCUUCUUCCGCCAUGCAUCCACCGCUAGUAGCCUGAGCUUGAUCAAUGCGUAUGGCCCUUCUGAAGCCUCUGUCUGCACUACAGCUUUCGCAAUAUCUUCGUUAGACAUGGCCAAUGAAUACGAUGAUUCGACUUCCCAAUCUAUUCCCAUUGGUCGCUGCAUUCCUAACGCCAGCGUAUACAUUUUGGAUGAUAAUCUUCAUCCUGUGGACACCGGUCUUCCUGGUGAGAUAUGUAUUGGCGGGGUGGGUCUCGCUGCAGGAUAUAUUGGCCAGGAGCAUCUGACAGCAAAGAAAUAUGUUAUGGUCAAUAAUCUCGAAGGACAUGGUUCUUCGACUCGGGUUUAUCGUACUGGUGAUAUCGGCAAGUUCGUCAAGUCUGGCGAUGAACUUCUGCUACACUUCAUGGGUCGGAAUGAUUUCCAGGUACAGAUUCGUGGUCAGAGAUUCGAGCUUGGAGAGAUAGAGGCCAUUUUAUGUGCUGGACCUGGCGAUAUUGGCCAAGCUGCUGUCGUCGUCGCUGGAGAUGACAAGCUCAUAGCUUAUGUGGUUCAAAAUGUUGAUAUCGACUAUCAAAAGUCACCAGAUUUUAAAGCUUCCCCGACUCACAACCGACUCGGUAAUUCUCAUACGAAACCUGCCACGACUUCCUUCCGUACCCACGACUUGAUCGCAAGGUUGCGCAAACAUUGUCGCGAGAGACUUCCGUCACACAUGGUACCUCAUCGUAUCAUCAUCAAAAACAGUCUACCUCUCACACACAAUGGCAAAGUGGACCGGAAGAUGCUAGCUGAACCCGGAAUGUGGGUGGAGAACCAGCCCCCUGGUUCUAUGCUGGAACUAGAUUAUCCCAAAAGCGAAACCCAAGCUUGAGUUCAAGCUUGUAGGGUGUCGAAGAACUAGGCAGCAUAUCCGAUUUGGAAUGAACGUAAAUAGCUUUUGGACAUUCUGACU